AUGCGUGCACUGAAAUCUUAUUAUCGUAUUUACCGGCUUUGUGGUGUACCUUGUUUCCCUACACCUAUUUCUCGUUCGUGUGCUGUCAAAUCGUCAUGGUUGCCCGAAGAUCUUACAGAACAUUUUGAUGCUUUUAAGAAAAAUAUAAUAUCCGAGUAUGAAAACGUCACUAAACUCAUGACAUCUGGGGCAAAAGAAUGUGACCUUAUUCCUUUAUCUGAAUGUUGGAAGAAUUUAAGACCAAUAGUAGAUGUGAUUGAAGAACUGGAUAUAUUACUUGAAGCUGAUAAAGAAGUAGACCAAUUAGUGACAGAUAUUGUCGGUACUGACACUGAGGAUGAUGUUGAUGAUUUAAAAGCGAUUGCUGAGUUGGAACGUAAACAAAGAAAUGUUCAGCGUGAAGCGUUGGAAAAAAAGCUCCUUAGUUUGCUACUUCCAACUGAUGAACGUGAUCUUAAUUCAGCUGUAAUAAUGGAACUAUUCGCUGGGGCUGGCGGUAAAGAAGCUGGUUUAUUUGCUCAUGAUUUAAUGAAUAUGUAUCAUGCUUUCGCCAUACAACGAAAUUGGUCCUUUACUGUUUUACACAAAACUGUAAUGUCGAGUGAAGAAUGUGCUCCAUCCCAUAAUGAAACUUCACUUUCGUAUGUUCGUAUUGAAAUUGAAGGUGAACCAACUACAGAAUCCGGUAUAAUGUCAUUUGGUGCUUAUGGUCAGUUAAAAUGGGAGGCUGGCGUUCACCGUGUUCAACGUGUUCCUGUUACUAGUAGUCAGAAUAAGAUUCAUACUAGUACAGUAGCAGUAUCGAUACAACCUAAGUAUGGCGAUGUUGAUAUCGAUAUUCCUGAUAAUGAUUUAAAAUGGGAAUUCCAUCGCCCAACCGGUCCUGGCGGUCAAAAUGUGAACAAGUCGACUAGUGCAGUUCGCCUGACACAUUUGCCAACCGGUAUAGUCAUUUCAUGUCAACGUGAACGUUAUCAACAUAUAAACAAAGGUUUGGCAUUAGACAUGCUCAAGGAAAGGCUUCAUAAAAUUCAUUCAAAAUCGCAGUCUCACUUAAUUGAUUCCAUCCGUCGAUCUCAUUUGGGAAAUCUAGAUAGAUCAGAAAAAAUUCGAACUUACAAUUUUCCACAAGAUCGUAUAACAGAUCAUCGGUUAAACAACUCUUGGAAUAAUUUAUACAGAUUUAUGAAACAAGCUGUUGGAUUAAGUGAAGUAAUAGAGAGCUUAUACAAACAAGACCAACGAGAACAAUUAAAACGAAAGCUAUGUACAGGGGACAUAAAAAGUUGA